AUGUCUCAUCCGGGCCGUCUUGAAGGCAAGACAGCGAUCAUUACAGGCGCUGGUAUGGGCUUAGGUGAAGGCAUAACACGCAAGUUCAUCGAAGAAGGUGCCAACGUCCUGCUCUUCGAGAUCUCGGCCGAGCACGGACAGAACGUCGCCAACCAGUUCGCGAAAGAUAAGGCCGCGUUCUUCAAGGGCGAUGUCACUAACUUGGACCACUGGGAGGCAGCAUUGAAAGCAUGUCUUGACAAAUUCGGCAAGCUCGAUAUCGUCGUCAACAACGCGGGCGUUGUUCACAGGGCUGGCCCAUCCCAUGACGUGCCAAGAUCAGAAUACGAUCGCAUCAUGAACAUCAAUGUGUCGCCGUUGUACCAGAGCGCCAAAGUCAUAGCUCCAUACUUCGUCAAGCAGAAACAAGGCGUCUUCGUCAACAUCUCUUCCAUUUCUGCUCCGCGGCCACGCCCGAACCUGGUCUGGUAUGCCGGGUCAAAGGGGGCAGUCUCGGCCAUCACCAAAGGCCUAGCUGCCGAACUUGGGCCCAGUGGAAUCAGAUGUAACGCUAUCUGUCCGGUUGUUGCAGAGACAGGCAUGGUGUCGAGUGUUCUAGGAGGAACUGACACCCUCGAGGGCAGAGCAGGGCUGACGAAAGCUAUUCCCUUGGGCAGAUUUGCCACGCCGCAGGACAUCGGCAAUGCGGCGUGCUGGCUUGCGAGUGAUGAGGCGAGUUUUAUCACAGGUAUUGAAUUGCCUGUUGACGGUGGUAGAGCGCUCAAUUAG